GACUUCCAAGGUGGCGCAGAAUUGAUCGUCCCUCCUCUCUCGCCUCUGCUCCCGACAAAGGCGAAGUCGGAAAGUCCAUGCACGGGAGGGUUUCGGUUUUCCACAAGUUAUUUUUUCCACGGCUACCGCGGAAGAACCACCGUUGGCAAUCGUCUUUUGCUACCUUCAAUCCCGAUCCCAGCUUCGUUUCCAGUUUCCACAAAUCACACGGCAAGUGGACUCUGAUCUGAAGACUAGUAAGAGGACCAGUCCAGUCUAUUUCGUGUCCUUUGGAGUUCUCUUCUCCACACAUAGAUAUUAAACCGUCUCCCUGUAUAUGAAAGAGGGGUGGGUGGCAGCAAUCAACAUUAGCUGCUGGGGGCUGUGCAAUACCAGUAGAAUUCUUCCCCUUCUGCUGCUGCAGAGCAGUUGCUUUCCAUCCGUGAUCUGUCGCAGGCAAAAAUCAUCAUCCCGAAAUCGCUCGACAUCACAAGGAAUAAUUCCUGAGCGUGAUGGUAUCAGGUGUGCCCGGUGGUGCAGUCAUGAAGAGGUCAUUAAGCUUCAAGAACUGGGAACCUGGCGUCACUGAGCUCGAUCGAUCUUUCUCCGAACAAGCCACAGAUUAUGUGGCACCGCAGCCAUCUAGUCUCAAGGUCCCGGUGAACUUCGUUCUGCCUCAUGUGAAGCUUCCGGAGCAGCUCCCUGCGUUUUCCUCACCGAGGCCUUUGAGAGAGCUCGACGCUGCGGCAACUACGUUGCAAAAGGUCUACAAGAGCUAUCGAACCAGAAGAAAUCUUGCAGAUUGUGCAGUAGUAGUCGAGGAACUCUGGUGGAAGGCACUGGAUUUUGCAUCUCUUAAGAGCAGCUCUGUCUCGUUCUUCCGCGUCGAGAAGCCAGAAACAGCAGUUUCUAAAUGGACAAGGGCGAAAAAAAGAUUAGCCAAGGUUGGUAAGGGUCUGUCCAAAGACGAAAAAGCUCAGAAACUAGCACUAAGGCACUGGCUCGAAGCUAUUGAUCCACGGCAUCGCUAUGGGCACAAUUUGCAUUUAUAUUAUGAUGUCUGGUUCGCCAGUGAGAGCACCCAACCAUUCUUCUACUGGUUGGAUGUCGGAGGUGGAAGAGGAGUAAAUAUCGACGAGUGCCCAAGAAGCAAGCUUCAAAAGCAGCUCAUCACUUAUCUUGGUCCGAAAGAGAGAGAAGCUUAUGAGGUCUCCGUCCGGAACGGGAAGCUUGUCUACAAGCAAAGUGAGAGGCUUUUGAACACUCCGCAAGGAUCCAAGUGGAUAUUCGUGCUCAGCACAUCAAGAUCAUUAUAUGUGGGAAAGAAGAAGAGGGGCACAUUCCAACACUCGAGCUUCCUAGCUGGGGGAGCUACAACAGCUGCCGGAAGGCUCGUUGCCGAAGAGGGCGUCCUGGAGGCUGUAUGGCCGUACAGCGGCCACUACCUCCCGACCGAGUAUCAUUUUGGGGAGUUCAUUAGUUUCCUCAGGGACAACCAUGUAGAUCUGACCAAUGUCCAGAGACGCUCCGUCGACGAUGAUAAGAUACCUGCCUACAGCAACGAUAAUAGUGAGGCAGCGGUUGAAGCAGAAGCAGAGGCGGCUGCGGUGGAAGAGAUAGCUGAGAGUGAAACUAAAGUUGAUAGCAAAGAGGAUGCAAGGGAAGAGAGCGUGGGGAAGGAAGUGGAGUUUGCACUGGGGAGGCGCCUGUCGUGCAAAUGGACUACCGGCGCCGGUGCUCGCAUCGGGUGCGUCCGGGACUACCCGACCGAUCUGCAGUUCAAGGCACUGGAGCAAGUCAACCUCUCACCCAGGCUCAUUCCUUCGCCCAUUGGGAACAAGACCCCCAUCCCUUCACCACGACCCAGCCGCGAGCACAAGCUGUCCCCCAGGCUUCAGUUCAUGGGCCAUCCUACCCCCGUUUUCUCCCCUACUCUUCCCAAGCCCAACAAGUGACGUGAGAGGCUCGCAGAAGACGCCGGAGAAGUACCCGCGCCGAACAGACCUACAAUACUUGUUUGUUCGUCAACGCUUCGUUGGUAAAGCUGAAGCGGCUUUUGCUUUCUCUGCUCCUUUCUGGAGCGCUCUGAUGUUUGUUCAGUUUAAAUGUAACGGAGAAAGUUGCUAUAUUUUGUAGAUUAAAUA